GAAAAACUACGGGGCCGGGUAAACAUGGCAAGCACGGACAAAGCGUGAGCGAAACAGAAAAUGCCUAGCACUAUACUAACACAUGCGGGACUAGGCCAUUAGGACCACACAGUGCAAGCGUUGCAUCUCAAAUCAAAUCAAGUGGGGUGAAACGUCCGCCCAAGUAGGGGGGAACACGUGCCCAAACCCCCAAGGAAUAACGAUCCGGGGUGCGCUCCGCCGGGUGCCCCGAGCAUUUCGCUUCUUCGCUAAUACUGUAGUAAUCAGACCAAAACCUGAGGUCACAGAAGAGACGAGGCCUCGUUAAUUAAUCAGCCCGGCACUUGGCUUUCAGCCCCUGUUAUUAAUCAAAGGGAUGCUCGACAAGGAAUUGAAGGCCGCUUUGCGAAUAACGCAUCGGCCCGCUACUCCUUCUAAUUAAGCCGGAUUUGAUUGAUGAAUGGAUUAAUUAAGCCGGGGUUUAGGAAGAGCGGCUACCAGAGAGGGGAGGAGGAAGACGACUUGGUUUGGUUCGGCCUGGGUGGACCGACUGACUUGGGACGAUAAGAACGAGACACGCGCACUCGGAGCCGGAGAGAGAGACCCCUCCCAUUCCCAUUCCCAUUCCCCUUCCCAUUCCCGUUCCCGUUCCCGUUCCGUCCUACUAAACCCCUCCGUCGUCUACUUCUAGACGGACGCCCAGCACCCGUCCAUAUAUCGCUUCUUCCGCCGCUCCGCCUCCACGCGCACCAACCGCCCGCCCUUCGAUUCCCCCGAGGCCCCUGAAGAAGAAGAAGAAGAAGAAGAAGAAGAAGCAGCAGCAGCAAACAAGACCCAUUCUUCUGGUUCUUGGUGCGGUGCGGUGCGGCGCGCGGGCAUGGCCAUCGACCACGAGUCGCCGUUCAAGGAGCUCCGCCUCAAGAACAGGAGGAUCAUGGGAGGCGGCGCCCCCGAGCCGGAGGAAGAGGAGGCGGAGCCGCAGGUGGCGGCGGCCACGGCGGCGGGGGAGGAACAGCAGUGGCCGCAGUGGCUGCGCCCGCUGCUGUCCGCGCGCUUCUUCGCGCAAUGCAAGACGCACUCCGAGUCGCACCGGAGCGGCGAGUGCAACAUGUUCUGCCUCGACUGCGCCGCCGGGGCCGCCGCCGGCGCGGCGGCGCUGUGCUCGCUGUGCCUCGCGCACGGGCACCGGGGGCACCACACCAUCCAGAUCCGCCGCUCCUCCUACCACGACGUCAUCCGGGUGUCAGACAUCCAGCGCUUCAUGGACAUCGCCGGCGUGCAGACCUACGUCAUCAACAGCGCCCGCGUCGUCUUCCUCAACGAGCGGCCCCAGCAGAAGCAGCCCGGCAAGGGCGGCGGCGGCGGCGGCGCCGGGAGCGCCAACCUCUGCGAGGUCUGCAGCCGCAGCCUCCUCGACAACUUCCGCUUCUGCUCCCUCGGCUGCAAGGUGGCCGGCUGCUCCUCCGACGGGGGCGGCCGCCACGACAAGGCGAGGACGAUGCGGGCCAGCAGGCUGAGCCGCGCCAAGGGCUCGUCGGACUCCGAGGCCGCCUCCUCCUCCUCUCCACUGCGCAAUGCCGCCAGGCACAGCUUCACGCCGUCCACGCCGCCGCCGCCGCCGCCGCCUCCAGCGGCCAAGCGGCGCAAGGGCAUCCCUCACCGGGCGCCGUUCGGCAACCUCAUCAUCGACUACUAGGCGCGCACCACCCGCCAUUGACAAGCUACGACCCGCACGCCCAGUUGCAGAGUGAAUGGGGUGAGAAAGCGGCCACCACUUCGGUGCCCGCCAUUGCCUUUGGUUGUGCUUCUCGAUGUGGAUUCCACCAGUAGCUUUUCAGGGAGAAAGCAGGCAGGUGGACGGACGGAAACACAACUGAAAAAGCGCCAGCCUUUUCUUCUUCUUACUGCUUAAAAUCAUCUUCAUCAUCUAGGACAGACACCAAAAAUUACCACCACACUACAGAGAGAUUAAUUACUGUAUAUGAUUAUGGCCCUGCUCUGCUACUACUGUCUCUACACUAGACUUCAGUUUUGUGGUUCAUGUUUCUAGGUAAUUACCCUAGCUAGAGUAAUAAGCAACUGCCACUUGUUGGUCAGGUUUUGUGAUGUCUGGCUCUUGUUAGUUUGUGCUUUCUUUAUCUGUAAAUAUGGAGUGCUGGGAGAGGAUGACUGCUUGUUAAAAACAUGGUGUUGCUCAA